UUUGUUUUGUUCUUAGGUCAGGAGAUCCUGCUAUCAGACCUGAAAGAGCUGCCCUGCCUGGACCUGGGUCAUUUCACACUGAGACUGGAGGUCGAUUCGCCAACUGAAGAUGUCUCCGAAAUUGCACGCAAAGAGCUGCGGGAGAGCCCCGACAUUGUUCAGGAAAGCGUCAAGGCACUAAGGGAACUACUCAAACAGGAGACCGAUCUUAAGGCACCAAUUGAUUCCGAUGCUUGGUUAAUACGAUUCCUCAGACCAACCAAAUUCUACCCAGAAAGCGCUCUAACCCUCGUGAAAAACUACUACCAAUUCAAAGUGAAGCACAAAAAUGUGUAUGACAACCUGCUGCCCUCGAGGGAGAAGAACGUGUUCAGCCAUGACAUCCUCACAGUUCUGCCCAGACGCGAUCAACUCGGCAGAAGAAUCCUCAUUCUUGAGUUGGGAAAGAAGUGGAAGCACAACAAGUGCUCGCUGGACGAGGUCUACAAGGGUGCAGUUUUGUUUCUGGAGGCGGCCAUGUUGGAGCCGCAGUCGCAGAUCUGUGGUGCGGAGGUCAUCUUCGACAUGGACGGCCUCAGUCUGCCGCAGACCUGGCAGUUCACACCGCCAUUUGCCAAGCGCAUAGUUGACUGGCUGCAGGAGAGUGUACCAAUGAGAAUAAAAGGUGUCCACAUUGUAAACCAACCAUUCAUCUUCAACAUUGUAUUUAAUCUCUUCAAACCAUUCCUGAAGGAGAAACUGAGAAGCAGGAUUAUCUUCCACGGAACCGACCGAGAUUCGCUACAUCAGCACUUGAGCCCCAAGUGUCUGCCUGAGUGCUACGGCGGUACACUGGAUGUGCCGCGUGUCAAGGGGGUCGACUGGUACCAGGUCCUUCUCAUGCUCGAAAAGGAAUACGAAGCUGUCAACUCCUAUGGCUACAAGAACACCAAGAACAACAAGAAGUCAUGAGUUGAUCGCUAAUUCGUGAUCAAAUUCAAAAUGCAUUCCUGACAAAGAGGAUAUAAUCAAAAUAAACUUAAUCAAAAACAAAUUUCCAAUGACAUUUCUGCCAACGAAGAAAUCCAUGAUUUAUACAGCCAUGUUAGUUGUAUACAGCUAUUUUAUACAGCCAUGAUUUGUACGGCCAUGCUGUAUACAGAACUUAUUAAUUAUUCUCGAAAUUCAUAAGGAAACGAGAUUCAGCAUAUUAUAUUGAAAUAAUCAUUAAAACUCAAAUUAACAAACAAAAAAUAUUGAAUUUCAAAAUAAUGUUGAAUGGAUUAUCACUAUUAUACUCAUUGGCAUAUUCUCUUCAACUUUAUUCUAGAAAUUCAUAAGGUAACAAGAUUCAGCAUAUAUUGAAAUAAUUAUUAAAACUCAAAUUAACAAACAAAAAAUAUUGAAUUUCAAAAUAAUGUUGAAUGGAUUAUCACUAUAUACUUAUUGGCAUACUCUCUUCAACUUCACAACUAUGUGUCAGUUGAAUUUAACCGCCGUAAGAUGACGCAUUAUAUUUCCAUUGAUGUUUAGGACACGUCAUUUUACGGAGGUUCAAUUCGAUUGGAUAUUUGUGCAUACUAAACCGGCGGCAAGAAAUUUUCAAUUUCCAUGAAAGUUGAUUUCAAAUCAAUUUACCUUAAAUUUACUUACCUCAUAUAAUAUAUCAAAUUAGCAUAAUUGAUAUUAAUUACUAUGUAUAGAUAUUGUAUAAAUUAGGUACUGCAUGAGAUCAUAGACAAUUUGUAUGAGGAUGUGAUUAUAUAUACUAGGUAUUACAUAAAUUAAGUGGUUACUGGUUGAAUUAAGUUAUUAUUUCGAAAUCAACACUGUAAUAUAGAUAUACUUUUUCCAACAUGAAUGUAUUAAAAUCCUGUAGAUAAAGUUUAAUUUUUAUUUUUUCAAGUGAAAUCAUUCCAACUAUCAUAGAAAUCACAAAGAAUAAAUUAUUGUGAUAUAUUGUCUAAAUAUCAGAGCUUACUGUCUUACUUGAAUGUAACUUUUGCAUAAAAAAUUGGUUAGUUUUUGAAUCAAUAUCGAAAUCAGUUUCAGUAAAUAUUCCACAAAAUUAGUUUCGAUAUUAUUGUUUGAAACCUGGCAGAAGCAAAAAAUAGCUGAAUGCGCAAAAAGUUGAGAAACUUUUAUUCAAAAUAGGUGACCGAUAUGCGGUACUGUAAAACAGCUCAUGUCACAAUCCAGAUUUACUAAAAUUUAAAAAUAAUUGAAUAUAAUUAUAGAAUUUGAUAUACUUCCCACAAUUGGCAUUUGAAUCACAAUUCCAGCAGUGCUUUUCUGAUACCACAGAAAAUAUUGAUAUUCAGGAAUAUUAAUAUAACAUUUUAUUUUUAUGAUAUUCAGGGAAUAAUUCCCUUCUCCUUUAUCUUCCUGUAUAAAAUACACAAUCGAUCAGUUGAAUUUGAUUGAUUGAUUGAGUACUUUAUUUAUGUAGAUUACAAUAUAUACUGGCUUAUACACUUAUAUACAAUAGCUUACAAUACAGCAAAAUUAUAGAUGAAUUUACAUAAUAUAGACUAAGAAAAUAAUUAUUGAACAGUAUAUGAUAUGAAAAAGCAAUUUGUAAUAUAAUAACUAUAGAUAAUAAUCAUAUUGUUAUGCAUCUACAUAAAUUGGCGGAGCUUUGGACAUAUCAAUGUCCAUUCUUCGGAAAGAAUAUUAAAAAUAUCCUCCCCACUAACUCUCUACCAAAGGGAGGAGGACAAAAGACAAAGAAGACUCUCUUUGAUUGAGUUUAAUUGUAUUUAAUGGCAAUAGUUUUCUUUGUACAAAUCAAUAGAACAUUCAAUAUCAUACUCUCAACCCUUAGUUUGAAUAUAAGCCUAUGGAAGACAUUUUAUAAUAAGAAUUAUUGAUAAAGUUCAAUAUGGCUAAUAUUCAAUAUAAAAGGAUGAAUUUUGAAUAUUAUCAAUUAGUUAAGACAGUCUUCACAUCAAAUUUUACUUCUUAACACAGAGAAGGGAUACUGAAUAUUUAUUAUAUGGUCUUACAUAAUGAAUAAUUGACUAAAAACUAUUAGAAAA